UCACGUCAAAUCCACGAAGAUCUAUGGCUUAAAAAUAAACAUCACUGGAAGCCACUUAAUACACAAAAUGCAUUCAAAAAAUGUAUUUUUUAGAAAAGUCAUUUUUGUUUUGUUGGGUAUUUAUUGUUUUCUUAUAUGCAAAUCGACCUCAUUUUUAAUUUCUCAUGAAUUGGUUGAUACUUCUAUUGAAUCUUACGAUAUUACAUUAGUACGCAAAUUAAAAGCAAAAUGCAGUUAUUUUGAUUCAUACAAUAAUAUAACUUCAAUUAUUGACGAAGGAAAUUAUAUAUGCUUUAAUAAUGCAGAAAUACAUUCUCGAACUAAUGCUAUAGGGUUGCCAGUAUAUUUUAAUGGUCGAAUUUUGAAAUCAAGAAAAAAAAGUCUUGAGUUUAUUGUCGAUUCAUUUUAUCCAAAUAGUAUAUAUACAAAAAACAAUGUUGAGUACGAAUCAAUGUUUUUCGACAUCUCGUCUAGUAUAAUAUAUAAUCGAAGGAACUAUGGAUAUACAGAUAAAUUAGCAGUGGGUAAUUCAUUAAAUUUUAUGAACUCUAACAAUGAAAUAUCAUUUAAAAUCGAUUGGAUUCAAGAUGAAACGGUGACAGGGUGUAUAUCAAUGACGUAUUUUAAAGAUGUGGAUCAAUACAACUCACCAAUGGCAACUUCUUUUAUAAAAAUAUAUCAAGAUGACACAUCAUUAGGAGAAUUUAUGCUAAAAAAUACAGAUGAUGAAUUUAAAACAUUGAUAAUGAAAUUUAAUAGACCAUUUGAAAAAAAUAAAAAAUAUUACUUAACUAUUACUAAUGACAAAUACGAUAGUUAUUCAGCACUUGGCAUAAAACGAAUAGCUCAAUGUACAGAUUCCGGCAAAGUAGAAGAUGUAUAUGAAAUACACGACACAGAAAUAAUUAGGUCAACUUCUAUUGUAAAUAUAUAUCCAAGUAUCACUCGAGAAAUGGCUGCCAGUACCUAUUCACCUAAAGAAUGCGGCAAAAAUAAAUAUGGUGCUGAUUGUACUGCUUGGUGUUCACAAAAGAAGACUUUUUGUCAGAAUAUGUUGUUCUGCACAAAUAAUCAUAGAUGUUCAUGUGCAGCUGGAUAUACUGGACCUUUAUGCAAUCAAGAAUGUCCUGAAGGAACUUACGGUCACGGAUGUCAAAAAAUAUGUUCAAACAAUUGUAAAACUCAAUGCGAUAAUAUUUUAGGAACUUGUAAAGGAGGAUGUAAAAAUAAUUUUAUUAUGCCGUAUUGUAUUGAAAAAUACCCAGUUCUAAUCGAACCGCCUAAAUUAGAUUUUUCAGAUUUUCAUUCAAUAAAUUUAGUUUUAAAUUUAUUGAAUGAAAAUAUCUUUGGAAGCAAAAGUAAAAUUCCGUCUUUUUAUCAGAUAGUUUACAAGCCAAUUUCAAGUGAAUUAGAUUUCCAGUAUUCGCCAAUAAAACCCAUAAAUACUUUUCUUCUUAAAGACAAAAUAAGCAAUUUAGAAGCAGCAACAAUGUAUACGGUUGGUGUAAUAUUGAUUACAGAAGACGGAAAUUCAAACAAAGAUGAUAUAAACACUGCUAACUAUUUCACAAAAUGCUUUA